AUGACUAGAACGGAUCCUUCACCCACUCUUUCCCUUUCUGGUUCAACCAGUCAAGCUGUGAAUCAUGAUGUGAAACACCCAUAUUUUCUUCACUCUUCAGAUGCACCUAGAAUGACUCUUGUCACCUCACCCUUUGAUGGAAGAGGAUUCCCCGGCUGGAGAAGAUCAAUCCUAAUUGCAUUAUCAGCCAAAAACAAGCUAGGGUUCAUCAAUGGGGUUUCGUAUCAACCUUUCCUGGAUUCAAAGGAUCAUGCACAGUGGAGUAGGUCCAAUGUCAUGGUAUCCUUGUGGCUCUUAAACUCUCUAACGAAAGAGAUAGGAGACAGUGUGGUUUAUUCCAAAUCCGCAAAGAAACUUUGGAAUAGUCUUGAGCAUAGGUUUGGACAAUCCAAUAGAGCCAAACUCUAUCACCUACAAAAGGAAAUUGCUAAGAUAGUUCAGGGUAAUAGUAGUAUUGCAGGAUAUUUUACAACUUUGAAAAGGUUAUGGGAUGAGUUAGAUUCCCCAAAUAAUGAGAAGAAGAAACCCCAUGAUAUCUUUGCUGAAAAUAUUUUGCUCGUUGAUGAAGAAUUAGAGAAGGGGAAGAAGAGUCCCAAACACAUGCCAUAG